AUGGCGGGGCCGGGCACCAAGCCUACCCCCACCAGCACCUCCAAGGAGCGGCCGGGGCUGCGGUGGCAGAGCUGCCUCCUGAGAGGCCUCACAGCAGGACCCAGCCUCCACCUGCGGUGGCUGGUGCAGCCCACGCUCAUCUCCUCGGUAGCCCCAUCACAGAGCCGCGGCCACCCCUACGGCGUCGCGGCGCCCAGCGGCGCCUAUGCCCGGCCCACCACGCUCAAGGCCCGGGGAGCCCGCGGACAGAGCAUCGGCCGCAGGGGCAAAGUGGAGCAGCUCUCUCCAGAGGAGGAGGAGAAAAGGAGAAUCCGCCGGGAAAGGAACAAGAUGGCAGCAGCUAAGUGCCGCAACCGGCGGCGGGAGCUCACGGACACACUGCAGGCGGAGACAGACCAGCUGGAGGAGGAGAAAUCUGCGCUGCAGGCAGAGAUAGCCAACCUGCUGAAGGAGAAGGAGAAGCUGGAGUUCAUCUUGGCAGCCCACCGUCCUGCCUGCAAGAUGCCUGAGGAGCUGCGUUUCUCUGAGGAGCUGGCAGCUGCUGCUGCGCUGGACUUGGGCACUCCUAGUCCCCCUGCCACUGAGGAGGCAGCUUUCACCCUGCCAAUGAUGUCUGAGGCGCCGCCAGCCAUGCCACCGAAGGAGAGCAGCAGCAGCGGGCUGGAGCUCAAGGCUGAGCCCUUUGAUGAGCUGCUCUUUGCCACAGGGCCACGGGAGGCCUCUCGCUCGGUGCCUGAUAUGGACCUGCCCGGGGCCUCCUCCUUCUACGCAUCAGACUGGGAGUCACUGGGUGCUGGGACCAGCGGCGAGCUGGAGCCACUCUGCACCCCUGUGGUGACCUGCACCCCCUGCCCCAGCACCUACACCUCCACCUUUGUCUUCACCUACCCUGAGGCGGACGCCUUCCCCAGCUGUGCCGCUGCGCACCGGAAGGGCAGCAGCAGCAAUGAGCCCUCGUCUGACUCGCUCAGCUCCCCGACCCUGCUGGCCUUGUGAGGAGCCCAGGCGCCUGCACUGACUGACCCGCUGGGCCCCUCCCUGCCCCACGGACUCACCGCUGUGCCCCACGGGUCCCCAGGCCUGGUGAGGGCCCUGCUGCUGCCGCCGUCAUCCCCUCUGUCCAGCCUGGCCCUGCGGGGCCUGGCAGGGCGCCCUGCGCUGAGGCCUCGUACCUCUUCCAGAGAUGUAGCAAGUCGCAUGGAGUUUGUCUUGUCCCCAGUGGCCCAUCCAUGAGAGCUGGUAGUCUGUAGCAUGUCCCACACAGCUGGGUUGGUGACUCCCUCCCAUCCAUAGUAUCACUAGCAUUAAUUAGUUAAUCUCUUGGUUUUAAAUUAUUGGAAUUUAACCUGGUGCUGGGUAUCUCCAACUCGUAUCUAAUGCAGCUGAUUAACAAUAACUACUGUGUUCCUGGCAAUAUCGUGUCCUGAUGACUUAGAAAUGACCCAUCUUAUGUGGCAGGGAGGGGAAAGAGACUCUAUUUUAUUUUGUAGUAGGUAGAAAAAUAGCUAUAUCCAUGUACUGUAGUUCUACAUUGAUGUUCAUUGUAACUUUACUGAUCAUGCAUUGUUGAGGUGGUCUGAAUGUCCUGACAUAAGUUUUCCAUGAAAACGUUUUUAUUGUGUUUUUAAUUUAUUUAUUAAGAUGGAUUCUCAGAUAUUUAUAUUUUUAUUUUAUUUUUUUCUACCUUGAGGUCUUUUUUGACAUGUGGAAAGUGAAUUUGAAUGAGACUUAAGCAUUGUUUGCUUAUUAUUGUUCAGAGACAUUGUCAAUAAAAGCAUUUAAGUUGAAGGCUG